UGAGACGUUCACUGACUCUGUCAAACACAGGUUCCGCCGUGUGUUCCACGUUAUGCAAGUUAAGCGUUGCUGUACACCUACAUGUCGUUAAAUGGGCGUGUCCAAGACAACCCUUGAUCGCAACACUUGACUGUUCUCAGAUCCCAGUCAAGAUGCAGAGGCUGGCUGUGUUCUGCUGGGCUGUGCUGGUUCUGGUCCAUGCCCAAGAGGGUAAAGAAGGUGACAAGCUUACCAGCAGCUACAAGUGCAGACCCUCUGACCAGGGAAUCCCGUGUGCUGAUGGGAAGCGUUGUUGUCUGGAGGGUCACCGCUGCAGUGCCGACGGCCUCUGGUGCAUCAAAAAAGAGCUCCCGUCAGUAAUCAUAUGCCCUGACGGAGUCUCCGAGUGUCCUGAUGCGAGCACUUGUUGUGCGAAUCCAGAGGGCAGGUGGGGAUGCUGCCCCGUGCCACAGGCUGUGUGCUGCGAAGACAAAGUCCACUGCUGCCCUGAAGGCACUUUGUGUGACGUUCAACACUCCAAAUGCGUCUCCCAGUCCUCCGGGGAGGACAUGCCAAUGUGGGACAAGCUGCCUGCCAGGAGGAGGGACGACUGGGAGAACCAGAAAGCCAAUUCUGUCCGGUGCAAUGAAAAAGUCUCUUGCCAAGACGACAACACGUGCUGCAAAAACCAAGAAGGCGGCUGGUCCUGCUGCCCUCUACCAGAGGCGGUCUGUUGCACGGAUUUACAACACUGCUGCCCGAAAGGUUACACUUGCAACACGGCUGCCCGGACUUGCGAUAUGGACUUGGGUUCUGUGCCCUGGCUGAGGAAAGUACCAGCAAUCCCCAAGCAGGAUGCACACGAGCGGGAUGUGGUUUGUGAUGACACACACACUUGUGAGGAAGACUCCACCUGCUGUAAGACCCCGGCAGGAGAGUGGGAGUGCUGUCCUUUACCUCAGGCCGUGUGUUGUCCCGAUGGGCAGCACUGCUGCCCCCACCACUACAAGUGUGACGAGCAGAGGGCCAAGUGCGUCCAAGAGGGCGCGGCGAUCCCGUGGUACACAAAACUUCCAUCCGUCUCCUUCGUGUCUCCACCGCAAGCCCCCGUCUGGACUUUAAGGCCGCAGUACGUGCAGUGUGAUAACAAGAGCAUGUGUGAAGAUGGACAGACCUGCUGCAAGACCUCGCCAACAGAUUGGGGAUGCUGUCCUCUUCAUAACGCGGUGUGCUGCAGUGACAUGAUCCACUGCUGCCCCCCCAGCUACACCUGCACCGCAGGCGGCAAAUGCAUCCAGAACCCUGCGCUCCUCUGACUUGUCGUCACCUUUUGAUGACAUGCAACAUUCCAUUAAUGGCAGUCACUGGAAAUACUGUAUUGGCUGCUCCAACUGUGGACUGAUAAUUAAAAAGCCAACAUGGUUCUAAUCCUCAACUCUUUGACUGCUCUGUGUGUGUUUAGCAACCAAUAGGUUUUCUUUGAAAACUUUUCAGGACCUGCUAGAAAGGUCAAUUUCCUGCGAAGUGAAUGCUCACAGAUGACGUCACUUAGCUGAAAUGCCAAAACAACAAAAGAAGCAAAUCAAUACCAGCUAACUAACUACACAAUUCUGCUUCUGUGAUCGUAAUAACGUUAGCCAAUGAUUAGGAGCAGGCGGAUCAAUCCAAAUAUGAUCCAAGCAUUGAUACCAAGAAUGGUAGCCGUAGCAGAUCGAUACUAGCAUGAUGUGAUUGUUAUUGUUUCGUUCUCGUCUAUGCUUAUUUUCACGAAUAACUUUUUUUUUUCUUGUUCAUGUUGUGAAAUACCUAAUAUGUGUAUAUUGUUAUGGUAUAUUGCCCCCAGGGAAUAAGUAAUAGUUUUGCUUUUCUUUAGUUAUUUUUCACUAUUGAAUUUGUUUGCUCAGACAAUUGCAUGUAAUAAAAGUACUGUAAACACAUUUGUAUUAUUGGGUUGAUAUUGUUACAGUAUCUUAUAU